CCCGUCGCAGAGCUCCGGACCCAAGAUGGCCGCCGUGUCAGUUUCGGGCUUCGCCGCCGUUCGGCCUUUGCUUCUCGGUUCCCGUCUCUCUCAGUCUUCGGUGUAACGUUACAGUUCUUCUAAUUGUGAGCGUGCAGACCAGAAGCUGAGUGUGACAACACUUAAUGUUUGAGAAAGGAGAAGUAAUUCAGAACAGAAAACGUGUAUGCUAUGGUUAGCUGUUUCCCAUCAUCCGAGAAUCUGUUUUCCCAUUGUGUGAAACUUGUUCAGCAUCAGGAUAAAGGAUAACGACUCUAUGGAUAUACAGAAGUCUUCACCAUGGUAAAGCUCGCCAACCCCCUGUAUACGGAGUGGAUUUUGGAGGCAAUCAAAAAGUUAAAGAAGCAAAAGCAGCGUCCAUCUGAAGAGAGGAUAUGCAAUGCAGUGUCUUCAUCACAUGGAUUGGAUCGCAAAACUGUUCUGGAACAGUUAGAGUUGAGCGUUAAAGAUGGAACUAUUUUAAAAGUCUCCAACAAGGGUCUCAACUCCUACAAGGAUCCUGAUAACCCUGGGAGAAUAGCACUUCCGAAGCCUCGGAACCAUGGAAAGUUGGAUGGUAAACCAAAUGUGGACUGGAAUAAACUUAUCAAACGGGCGAUUGAGGGCUUGGGUGAGUCUAGUGGCUCAUCGUUGAAGAACAUUGAGCGUUUUCUGAAAGGUCAGAAAGAUGUGUCUGCGUUAUUUGGAGGUAGUGCUGCCUCCAUUUUUCACCAGCAACUACGAUUAGCUGUCAAACGUGCAGUUGGCCAUGGCAGGCUCCUUAAAGAUGGACCUCUGUACCAACUCAACACUAAAGCAACCACUAAUGCUGACGGGAAGGAGAGUUUUGAGUCUCUUUCCUGUCUGCCUCCAGUGUGUCUCCUUCCCCAUGAAAAGGAUAAGCCGGUUGCUGAACCAAUUCCAAUCUGCAGUUUCUGCCUUGGUACAAAAGAGCAAAAUCGGGAGAAGAAACCUGAAGAGCUUAUCUCUUGCGCUGACUGUGGCAAUAGCGGUCAUCCUUCUUGUUUGAAGUUCUCACCAGAGCUGACAGUUCGAGUCAAAGCCUUGCGAUGGCAAUGUAUUGAGUGCAAAACCUGCAGUUCCUGUCGAGAUCAGGGCAAAAAUGCUGAUAACAUGCUAUUUUGCGACUCCUGUGAUAGAGGGUUCCACAUGGAGUGCUGUGAUCCACCACUUUCCCGAAUGCCAAAAGGUAUGUGGAUAUGUCAAAUAUGUCGGCCACGUAAGAAAGGAAGAAAACUUUUACACAAGAAGGCAGCACAGAUAAAACGACGCUAUGCUAAUCCAAUAGGACGUCCCAAAAACAGGUUAAAGAAUCAAAAUGCAACAUCAAAAGCACCCUUCAGCAAAGUUCGAACUGGCCCUGGUCGGGGUAGGAAGCGUAAGAUAACUCUGUCCAGCCAGUCAGCAUCAUCAGAAGGAGGAUACCUGGAGCAGACAGAAGUGUUGGACUACUGCAGAGAUGGCAGUGCUACCUUGAAGUUUAACAAGAAAACCAAAGGGCUUAUAGAUGGCCUUACUAAAUUCUUCACUCCCUCCCCUGACGGACGAAAAGCUCGAGGGGAAGUGGUAGACUAUUCUCAGCAGUAUAGGAUAAGGAAAAAGGGUACCAGAAAAUCUAGCACUUCAGAGUGGCCCACAGACAAUCAGGAUGGCUGGGAUGGAAAGCAGGAAAAUGAAGAGCGUUUUUUUGGAAGCCAGGAUGUCUUAACUGAAAAAGAUAUGGAGUUAUUUAGAGAUAUUCAGGAGCAAGCACUGCAGAAAGUAGGGGUGACUGGACCUCCUGAUCCACAAGUUCGAUGCCCCUCCGUCAUCGAAUUUGGCAAGUAUGAAAUUCAGACCUGGUACUCUUCCCCAUAUCCACAAGAAUAUUCGAGGCUACCCAAGCUGUACCUUUGUGAAUUCUGUCUUAAAUAUAUGAAAAGCAGAACUAUUCUCCAACAGCAUAUGAAAAAGUGUGGCUGGUUCCAUCCUCCAGCCAAUGAAAUUUAUAGAAAAAACAAUAUUUCAGUCUUUGAGGUGGAUGGCAAUGUCAGCACUAUCUACUGCCAGAAUUUGUGCUUGUUAGCCAAACUCUUCCUGGACCAUAAGACUCUUUAUUAUGAUGUGGAACCAUUUCUUUUCUACGUGCUGACACAGAACGAUGUCAAGGGUUGUCACCUUGUUGGUUACUUUUCCAAGGAAAAACACUGCCAACAGAAAUACAACGUUUCCUGUAUAAUGAUUCUUCCGCAGUACCAACGUAAGGGCUAUGGCCGGUUCCUCAUCGACUUCAGCUAUCUGCUUUCAAAGCGUGAGGGCCAAGCAGGAUCACCAGAGAAACCUCUGUCAGACCUGGGGCGGCUCUCAUAUAUGGCCUAUUGGAAAAGCGUAAUAUUGGAGUGCCUUUAUCAUCAACAUGACAAGCAGUUAAGCAUCAAAAAAUUGAGUAAGCUGACUGGAAUCUGCCCUCAAGAUAUCACUUCCACUCUGCAUCACCUCCGAAUGCUUGACUUCCGUAGUGAUCAAUUUGUCAUCAUUCGUCGAGAGAAGCUUAUCCAAGAACACAUGGCAAAGCUUAGAAAUAAUGUUCGACCAAUAGAUGUGGAUGCAGAGUGUCUGCGUUGGACACCUGUUAUAGUUUCCAACUCUGUUGUGUCUGAGGAUGAGGAAGAGGAGACAGAAGAUGGGGAAAAUGAAGAGCAACAACAUCAUAAAGACUCAGAGUCCAGUAUGGUAAAAUCUGUGUCGUGGGAGAAAAAAGAACAAGAACCCUAUUCACCAACAAAGAAUGAAAAAAAGCCAGAUGCCAUUGCUCCCGUCAACUCCACGCGGACAAACAAGCAUGUUUUUUCACUGGACAGUCUUCCAGCAAACAGUCAAACAUCACGAAGAGGUCGAUGGAACCGCAAGGGCAAAAAAGUUCGAGAACCCUUUUGUGAGAAGGAACCAGUAUUGCCCAUUGAGGACAAAACAGCCAUUCCCAGUGAACAAUGCAUUGAAUGCGAGGAGAAAUCAGCAGCUUCACGAGGCCGGUGCAGUGAAUGUGAGGAAAAGUCAUCAGCCUUGCAGGAAAGGUGUGAAUGUGAGGAAAAGUCUCCAACCCCAAGAGGCCAUUAUGCUGAAGAUGAGGAAAAGUCCGUGGUUUCCCAAGCACAGUAUGGCAAAAAUGAAAAAUCUGCUGUUCCCCAUCAACAUUAUAGUGAAGGUGUGGAAAGAUGGAGAGGACAGAUGAAAAAGAACACAGAGCCACUGAAGAAUAGGUUCCCAGAGGACUGUGAAAGAUUACCCCACUGCUACAGCGAUAGUGAUAGGGCACUUCUGAGGUGUUUUAGUGAGAGCAGCGAGGAGGAAGACGAUGAACCUGUGAGUCCCCGAUCAAACUCUCCUCCUGUUCUUACCAAACCAACGUUAAAACGAAAGAAGCCAGUUCUUCAUCGGAAGAGGAGAGUGCGCAAGCGUAAGCACCACAACAGCAGUGUUGUUACUGAAACAAUCUCAGAGACCACAGAAGUGCUGGAUGAACCAUUUGAGGACUCAGAUGCUGAACGACCAAUGCCCCGUUUAGAGCCUACAUUUGAAAUUGAGGAGGAGGAAGAGGAAGAAGAGGAUGAGGAAGAUGAGGAGAAUGAACUUUUGUCCAGUGGAUACUUUCAGCACUUAGCCCCACAAGACACCCUCAGGAACAGAGCCUCUUCUAAGAGGAAGUCCAAAGAUGAGGAGGAGUCUGAUGACAAUAAUGAUACUCCAACUUUGAAACCAUUAUCUAUGCUGAGAAAGUGUGAAGCAAAUGAUUCUUCACUUGAUCCAGAUACUUCUACACCCAUGAAAAAGAAGAAGGGAUGGCCAAAAGGCAAAAGCCGAAAACCAGUCCAUUGGAAGAAGAGACCUGGUCGAAAACCAGGGUUUAAACUGAACCGGGACAAGGUGCCACCAUCAGUUCAAGGAGAGGGAAUUGAUGCAGUGAUAGCUAAUUCAAAAACAGGGCGUAAGUCCAAAAUUUCAGAUAAAGAGGAAGGUGUUGAGCAAAAAGAAGAGCUGCCUCUUAAUGAGGAAAGGAAAGAGGAAGAUGUGACUAUGGAAGCAGAAGAGGUUGGAGAGGGAGAAGAGGAAGAUGCAGCCAGCAGUGAAGUAAGAGCAGUUUCUCCAGUGGACAGCAGCAGUAGUCCAGUGCCUGAAGUUAAAGAGCCUGAAAUAGAAGAGGAGGUGGAGGAGAAACCACAGGUAUUAGAAGAGCAAAGGCAAUCAGAAGAAGAGCAGCAAGAGCUAGAUGAGCCUGAGCAGGACCAUGAGGAAGAUGAUGAAAUUGCAGCAGUGGCAAAUCAAAAUGAGGACCAUGAUGCUGAUGAUGAAGAUGAUGGUCAUCUGGAGUCUGUGAAGAAAAAAGAAUUGGAGGAACAGCCUGUAAGAGAAGGGGUGAAGGAGGAACCUGAUGUUCAGGAAUGUUUUUUAGAAACAAAUAUACCAAGCAGUAGAGAAGAUGCAAAAGGAAAAGAUGAAGCAGAGGCAGAUUCUGAGGAAGAGCAGGCUUCCAAUGAAACAUCAGUGGGCUCAGAGCAUGUCCCUGGGUCUGAAGAUGAUCGUGAAGAAGAUCCAAGUAAUAAAGAAGGUUUGAUUGAAUUAAAAGAAGAGGAAGAGAUUCCUCAUAGUGAACUAGAUCUCGAAACUGUUCAAGCAGUCCAGUCCUUGACGCAGGAGGAAGGCAACGAACAUGAUGUAGCUUACCAGGACUGUGAGGAGACUCUUGCUGCUUGUCAGACUCUGCAGAGUUACACCCAGACUGAGGAGGAUCCUCAGAUAUCAAUGGUUGAAGAUUGUCAGGCCUCGGAACACAACAGUCCAAUAUCCUCUGUUCAGUCCCACCCCAGCCAGUCUGUUCGUUCUGUCAGCAGCCCAAAUGUGCCCGCUCUGGAGAGCAGUUACACCCAGAUAAGCCCUGAACAAGGAUCCCUGUCCGCACCCUCUAUGCAGAACAUGGAGACCAGCCCCAUGAUGGAUGUGCCUUCAGUAUCAGACCACUCUCAGCAGGUGGUGGAUAGUGGCUUCAGUGACCUUGGCAGCAUUGAGAGCACUACAGAGAAUUAUGAAAACCCAAGCAGCUAUGACUCCACUAUGGGAGGCAGCAUUUGUGGAAAUAACUCUUCUCAGAGCAGCUGUUCCUAUGGGGGACUGUCUUCUUCCAGCAGCCUCACGCAGAACAGUUGUGUUGUCACUCAGCAAAUGGCAAACAUUGGCAGCAGUUGCAGCAUGAUGCAGCAAAGCACUGUCCAGCCUGCAGCAAACUGUAAUAUCAAGUCACCUCAGAGCUGCGUCAUAGAAAGACCUCCAAGUAACCAGCAGCCAGCAGCACAGCCUCAACAGCAGCAGCCCCAGUCACAGCAGCCACAGCCUCCACCUCCACCCCAGCAGCAACCUCCACUGUCCCAGUGUAGUAUGAACAACAGCUUCACCCCAGCACCUAUGAUCAUGGAGAUACCUGAGUCUGGAACCACUGGUAACAUAAGUAUCUAUGAGAGGAUUCCAGGGGAUUUUGGGGCUGGGAGCUAUUCACAACCAUCGGCCACGUUCAGUUUAGCCAAGUUGCAGCAGCUGACAAACACCAUUAUGGACCCUCAUGCCAUGCCUUAUAGCCAUUCUCCUGCUGUGACUUCCUAUGCAACCAGUGUUUCUCUGUCCAACACAGGAUUGGCUCAGCUAGCUCCCUCUCAUCCCUUAGCAGGCACACCACAAGCACAAGCCACCAUGACACCCCCACCAAACUUGGCAUCCACCACCAUGAACCUCACAUCGCCUCUGCUUCAGUGUAACAUGUCUGCUACCAAUAUUGGCAUUCCACAUACACAGAGGUUGCAGGGGCAAAUGCCAGUCAAGGGGCACAUUUCAAUUCGCUCUAAAUCAGCACCCCUGCCCUCUGCAACCGCACACCAGCAGCAACUCUAUGGCCGCAGCCCACCUGCUGUUGCCAUGCAGGCUGGCCCUCGUACGUUGGCUGUUCAGCGAGGUAUGAACAUGGGGGUCAACCUAAUGCCAACCACCCCAUACAAUGUUAAUUCCAUGAAUAUGAACACCCUUAAUGCCAUGAACAGCUACAGAAUGACACAACCCAUGAUGAACAGCAGUUACCAUAGUAACCCUGCCUACAUGAACCAGACAGCACAGUACCCUAUGCAGAUGCAGAUGGGGAUGAUGGGGAGCCAGGCCUAUACCCAGCAGCCUAUGCAGCCAAAUCCUCACGGAAACAUGAUGUACACUGGCCCCUCCCAUCACAGCUACAUGAACGCUGCUGGGGUGCCCAAGCAGUCUCUCAAUGGACCGUACAUGAGAAGAUGAGCAAGAUAAGCUUGCAUCCAAAAAACUUAAAUAUAUAAAUAAAGGAACCUUUUAUACUGACGAACCAGAGAAAACGGACCUUUUUCCAGUUAAAAUAUUGCUGUAGAUUUAGAGGGAUUUUCUUUGGUUUAUUUUAUUUUUUAGAAAGCUUGGUGGUUUUUGUUGUUGUUGUUGGUUUUCUGGGUUUCUUUUUUUUGUUUGUUUGUUUUUGUUUGUGUUUUUUUUUUCCGGGGGGUGGGGUGGGGGAGGGGAAGAGGGGUUGUUUUCUUUACAAUCCUGAAACAUUUUACAGCUGAAAUCAUUUACAGAUGUUUUUUAGAGGGAAAACAUGCACAAAAUGUUUUCAUAAUUUAAAAAGAGCCUUACUUUGCUGACCAUGUGGACAGAAUCUGUGUAAUGGUGAAAUCAUCUAAUUUUGUUUUCAGAUGUAUGUCCUCCUCCCUCCCCCCUGUCCCUCCGUAUGCAUUUCUUUAGCGCUGCAGUAAUGUAAAAUGUCUGACAUCUCAAAGAGUAACAACCCGCCCCUCCAAGCCCCACUUAGAAUGUUCUACUUCUAGCAGGAGGCACUUAUUGGGAGAAGUGGAAGGGGACACAGAGGAUAAAUGAAGCUGUUUAUUUCUGCAAGUCAGGAAAAACAAUUUAUCUUUGAACUUUUCCUGACUCUCGCCUUCAGUAAAAUUUGGAGACAUGUAAACAAACUAUUCACGUUGGUGUUUUUGUAGAUGAGUUAAUUGAAAUUGUAUGUUUCAUUCUGAAAGUAUAAUGUACUUUUAAAAUGAUCCCAUUUACAACCCAGGCAUGCACGUCUGCACGUGCACACGUUGUCACUCUGAACUACUGGAAGCAUCUAUGAGCUGUUUGUAGCCAUCACGCAGUCAUGAGGAGGGUAGGAUGAUUGCUGGACAUAAAACAAAGGGUUACAGGCUCUUCUGGUGAACUGCAAGUCAACCACAACUCUGAGAUCCCAAACUCUGCUUUAGUGUGUACUUGGAAAUGCUGAGGGUCUUGUUCUGAACCUUUGAGCAGUCUGAGCUCAAAAGCAUCUGAUUCCAGUGAUCUGCCUCUUAGUCUCUAUACUUCCAUUACCUUGCAAGAUAAAAUGUGUGUUAAGUGACUUGGUGAGAGCCUUGUGGUGUCCUUGUUGCUCUUCCAUUCCUGGUAUGGCACAGGCAGUUGCUGAACGUGCCGCUGUUAGGGGGGAAUCAGUUAAGCUGAACGUUUCCCUGAUUCUUCCACUGUUUGAGACCAUGUUGUCAGAAUCUCCACGCUUUGGAUCUCGUGUGGGAAACAAAGGGACUCAGCCUGUUUUACAGGAGUGAAACAGUCCAGACACCGCAGCAGGAUGCAGGUGGCAGGAUUUUGCUGUUUAUUACCGCAUAAUCCAGUCUGUGUUUCUUUUUUGGCUGCACUGCUUUGAUAGAGACGGCACCUGCUGGCACGUCACACGUCACCCAGCUCAAAAAGGGACACCCCUUAAUGUAGAGACCUUUUUUUUUUUUAUUGUAUAUGAAGCAGAAAUACACAUUAAUAAGACUAAUUUCUUAUUUCUUUAAAAAACAAAAAGAAAAGAAAAAAAAAAAGAAUCUACAAGUUGGGUUUCUUUGUAUGCACUAAAAUGGACUUUCUUCCAAUAACUGCUAACCGUAAAAGGCAGAAUUCAAAGGACUUCCUUUUUUCUUUUUUUUUUUUUUUUCCUUUGUUUUUCCUGUUUAGUUCUGAGCACAUACAAGGCUGUGUAGGACUCAUUUCUCUGUACGUACAAUUCCAGUUCCAAAUAACCCACGUAAGGAAGCACGUUGUGCUGCCCUCCCUGCACCUCCAGCUGUGCUGCUGCUUCCUGGCUGCUGGGCUGGGCGGUGGGGUGGAAUGGAUCUGAGACAGGAGGAGAAGCUGUUGAGACGAGGGCCAUGAAUUCCAUUUGUUUGCUGUUCUGUUUGCUUUGGGUUUGUAUUUUAUUUGAUUUUUUAAUCAAUUGGGCAGCUCCCUUUUCCACAACCUUUGUGACUGUAGAACUAUUGUAGAAAAAGAAGUUCUUUUCUAUAUAUAAAAAGAAAUUAUCCAACACAGUAAUAUUGGUACCUACCAUUUUUUUCACUUCUGUUUAAAAAAAGAAAAGAAAUAAAUGUAUUUUUAGCAAGAUAACUUGGGUAAUCUUCUAAAAGAAAUUAAAAAAUCUCACUGUUAGUGACUUUGAUGCCUUUUAAAAUAAGAGCUUUUUCAUUUCAUUCCAUCUUCAAAAUUUUUUAUCUUUGUUGUAGAAUAUUAAAAACUAUUUUAAGAAAGAAAAAAAAAAUGUUCUCUUUAAAGAGAUCUCUAGAGUGUGUGAAUAGGAGCUCCAGAUGCCUCUAAAAGCCGCAUGUACAAAUGAUGCUGAGUUUAUUCCUGUCUGUUUAUAUUUGCUUUUCCUGUUUUGUAAUCUCUUUGUACUUCAUUCAUGGUGACUUGUAAGCUAAGGGGAAGGGGUGCCUGGAUGCCUUUGGAAUUCUCCAUGUCAUGCUCCUGGCUGGAUGGUCUCCCUUCCUCUACUUGUAUGUAAUAUCACUUUUUUUUCCCCUUUCUAGCAAGUACUUUCAAAAGAACUCUGUACAUUUUAACAUAAAAAAUAAAUUAUGUUGAGCCAUUUUGGA